CGCUUGGAUAAUUGGAUGGAGGAUUGGAUGCAGACAAGCAUGAAGGCCGGGUCAUCGUCCAGGAGGAGGAGGAGAUUCCUCAACCUCAGGGCCUUCCUCCACGCGUGGAGGAAGCUCGCCACCGCCCAGGCGGCGGCGGCGGCCGGCGAGUGGUCCCACCUCGACGGCGGCGGCAAGGCCAUCCCGAGGGACGUGCCGAGGGGCCACACGGUGGUGUACGUCGGGGGGGAGCUGCGGCGGCACGUCGUGAGGGUGUCCUCCCUCGACCACCCGCUGUUCCGGGAGCUGCUGGACCGGGCGCGGGACGAGUACGGCUUCGCCGCCGCGGACGCCAGGCUCUGCAUCCCCUGCGACGAGGACGUCUUCCUCGCCGUCCUCUGCCACGUCGACGCCGACCGGGAGUCGAGGAUGGCAUUGUGCAGCUGA